AUCCCGUGGCCGUAUUAUCUCUCUGAAGACCUCGCUUGCUCGCACUAAAAAGGGAUCCCGAUCUAUUCAAGCCUAUCUCACUGAAAUGUAUGCACUCUCCGAGGCGUUAGCGUUGGCCCAAAGUCCAUUAUCCGAGGAAGAUCUUGUUAUCAAUAUUCUCAAUGGACUGGGCCCAGACUAUAGCGAACUUACAUCCGCCAUCCGGGUUCGCGAAACUGCCUUGCCGCUUGAAGAACUCCAGGACAUAUUACUGGAGCAUGAAGCACGUCUCCAGGAGAACAUCAACUCUAGUGACAAUAUCAUACCAACGGCCCAUGUCACCCAACUAGGUGAUCGACGCAUCCCACAUCCAGAACGUCGCUCACCCUCCAAUAAUGACCGACGUGGGUUCCCUACUCGCAGGGGGCGUGGACCUUCCUAUGCUAGUCAGCCACGAUCAAAUGCAAAUACGACUGUUUGUCGUUUUUGUGACCAUAUUGGUCAUGACGUGCGCCAAUGCAGAAAGCUCCAACGAUUCCUAAGAGAUAAUCAAGUGCCCCAUCCAGCAUCUCUGGUUGUCAACCACACUGCCACAACUCCGGCUGGCCUCGAUCAGCCUUGGCUCUUUGACAGUGGUGCCUCUCAUCAUGUCACCGCCAAUGCUGCCAAUCUGCCAUCUUACAACGAUUAUGGUGGUCCUGAGGAAGUUCAUCUUGGCAAUGGAUCGAGCCACGGGGGUCCCACUAAUGCGCGGGGAGAACAUUAAUGACGUUUACUAUGCACCGGUUCCAUGUUCACCACAAGUUCAUGUCACACAAGUUUCAGUUUCACCGUCUUGGCAUCAUACAUUGGGUCAUCCGUCCAGUCGUGUUUUUUCUUCUUUAAUUAGUCAAAAGAAAAAUUCUUUUCCGUGUAAUGUCUCCAAUGAUAAUAAUUGUACUUCAUGUUAUCUUAAUAAAAG